CAUCACAGUCUGCAGCUAGUAGAGCUGUUAGCUAAAGGUGUUGCUUAAGGCGACAGGAUGGGUGUAUCGGAUUUACAAGUCGAUACAAAUGCAGGUCCUGUGGUGGAUCUUUCAGCCUGCGGUAUGCAAAAGCUGGACCCUAAUUUCGUCUGCUCUGAGGACACUCACACUCUCAUCCUGGACCGUAACCACAUAAUGAAGCUGGACCAUCUGGAAAGGAGCCCAGGCCUUCAGCAGUUAUCUGUAGCAAGUAACCGUCUGGUGAGAAUGAUGGGCGUGUCUCGGUUAACCCAGUUGACCGUCCUCAAUCUUCCCAAUAACAGUAUUGGUUACAUUGAGGGGCUCAGGGAUCUGCCACACCUCAAAUGGCUCAAUUUGUCCGGGAACAAUAUUAAGGUUAUUGAGCAACUCAACAACUGUGUUUCCCUUCAACACUUGGAUCUGUCUGACAAUAACAUUUCUACCAUUGGUGAUUUGACUAAAUUGGUGGCACUGAAGACACUGUUACUCCAUGGAAACAGCAUUACAACACUCCGCACUGUUCCCGCUCACCUACCUGCCCAUUUAUCCAUUCUCUCCCUGGCAGAAAAUGAGAUAAGAGAUCUUAAUGAAGCAUCAUACCUAGCACCUCUCCAUGAGCUGGAGCAGCUGUCCAUUAUGAGCAACCCUUGUGUUAUGGCAACCCCCUCAUUGCCAAGUUUUGAUUAUCGGCCGUAUGUCAUGAGUUGGUGUCUGAGCCUAAAGGUCCUGGAUGGCUACGUGGUGUCACAGAAAGAAGGUCUGAAAGCAGAGUGGCUCUACAGUCAGGGAAAAGGACGUUCAUAUCGACCAGGUCAGCAUGUUCAGCUGGUUCAGUACCUUGCCACUGUGUGCCCUCUGUCGUCAUCACCAGCCCUGGAAACGGCAGAAGACGCUAAAUUAGAGAAGAUCCUCAGUAAGCAGAGGUUUCACCAAAAGCAGCUGUUAGAGGAGACCCGAGGAGGCUGUCCUAGUCCUCCUCGUCCAACUCAGCUAGAUGUGGAGAGGCACAGUCCUACACACCCAGUCCCACAGGAGGGAGCCAGAGAGGUGAAGCACACAAGUGCACCUGCACCAGCAGCUGCUCCAUCAGUGCGGGAGACAGAACCAGUCGUGCAGUUUAACACCUGGGUGAGCUGUGAUUCUUCCCACCCGUCACUGACGGUAGUUCGCAGCCCGAGGCCCCGAGAGGAGCACAUCUAUUUAGAGGAUGUGCAGACCGACGAGGAGAAACUAAGUGGCAGCAUGCUUUCUUCAGAAUCCACGUUCCUCCCCUUCACAUCCGACCUGGAGCCCCACACCGCCCACUCUGACAGCGAGGAUGAGACAGAGACAUUUGAACCUGACUCCCUGGCUCCGAAGCGGCCAGCACAGCCCAAAAAGCACAACGCAAACAAGACGCAUCAUUCACCCUCAUCAGAUAAGCAAGUGAAGGGUCUUGAAGAGGAAGUUAUUUCUGGUGCAGCUCCGACACCUGGAGCAGUGGGCGUCAAAGUUAGCACACCACAAAAUGAUCUGCAAACAACCUUUGAUUUUGGUAAAGCAGAGAUGAGAGAUGCCCCCAAGCAGGAAGAAGUUGAUACAUGUGCCAGUAAAUCAAGUUUGAUGGAGGCAGACAGGGCAGCGGUUAAAAUACAGUCAUGGUGGAGGGGACAGCACACACGGUGUUGUCACCCCAUGGCCAGAGAGGUGCGCAGUGAGAUCCGCCUGCGCAGGAUGCAAGACCAUAUCCUCUUCUUGUCUGAAAAGUUGGACAGGGUGCAGCAGCAGUAUGAAGAAGAGAGGUUACAAAGGCUGGUUCAGGAGGAAGCUGUAAAGUUUCUGUGGAAACAGCUCCAGUCUAUGCAGCAGUGGAAGCAGUCUGUGGAGCAGCAGCUGGCCAGCAUUAGCCAAGCUGUCCCUCCAGCUCAGAUCUCAGCUCCUGGACUAUGUAUAGUCACCCCGCCUGUUGCAUCCAGCACGACGAACCCACCCAACACAGAUGCCUCGUUCCCAGACUCUGGCUUCCAGUCAACAAGCGAUCAGCAGGCAGCGCAGGAAGACAGCUUCCUGAGCAGUGGGACAGCAGACUCUCUAAAGACGGUGCGAGCACUGAGCCCUGUUCGUAGCGGCUUUGCAGGCAGCGCUGACGGUGUGGACAGUGCAGACUGCAGCCUGCUGGAACAGUACCUUUCCUCUGUGCAGCAGAGGGAGGAGGAGGCUGAGGAGGCGGUCAGUGAUAGAACAGAAACACCACAGCCCUCCUCACCAGUAUCACCCAGCAAAACAGCACAGUCCACCCCUAACUCCACCCCACAGAAGGCAGCAGACAACCAAGCAGAAGUGCAAAGAACGGACGACACCACUCCCGGCCCUGUCUGAGAGCCUACAAAUAAUACACACCUGUGCAGAACUGCUGAGUGUGUGUACGUUUGCACUGACUGUAAAUAGAGAUGCGUUGCUCCCUCCUGAGACUGUCUGACAAAAGCACUCAUCUCAAACUGACCCAGAUCUCAAAUGGCAGUGUGCUUAGUUUCUAUUCAUCAAGACUGAUCCCAGGACAGGCUUGACAGCAACACCUUACUGUGAAUGUAACUCAUGUUUUUUAUACUUCACUACUUGAUUCUGUUAUUUAACAUUUUCCUAUCUGUGUAAAGACAAUAACUGUGGUGUAGCAUCAUAACAUAUUAGUAACUUUAAAGCAAUUACUUCACGAUAGUUUGCUACCUCUACCGAUCAAAAGACCAAGCACGGUAUAUCCUAUUUUCUUUAUCAAUAUCUCCUGCAUUAAACACGUGAUAAACUACAGUUAAUCAGAUUAGAAGUUGAUGUGUUAAACGUAGUGCACUUGUAACCACGGAUAUAUUCUACACAUGAACCAAUAACCACACUAUUUAUUAGCACAUACUGUGUUAACAGCUGAACUGUUUUAUUAACUUAAGCUCACUCAUCUAAGAAUGUUGUAGCACCUUUAUCUUAAAAAUUGUAAAUAAAUCUGUUUUGUUA